GAUCUUCCUCUCGAAGAAGUGGCCCUGCUCCUCAGUGACUACCAGUUGUAUCCACUUUUCGUGGAUCCGGCUGAUUGUGGCCAUGCGGGCAUCCGUCGGACUCGAGUGUACGUUUAUUGUGUUCACAAUGAAACGGGCGUUUACCUCUAUGACCUCUAUGAAAUGUAUGCCUCCAUCACCAAACUGAUCAAACGGACUGACUACUUCGUCGCUACAAAGCUGGCACAGCAGGUCCAUGCAAGGAGCAUUUGUGAGAUGAGGGGCUUCGAGUUUGACCCAGAUCGCCCGGUGGACUCAAUGUUCAAUUCUCGUGAGCGCAGUGUCAUUGCUGAGUUGAAUGAGGCAUAUUUGGAAAGGACUGGUGGGAACCCCCCCGAAAAAAACAAAAAUUUGGUCUAUUUUUUGGGAGAUAAUCCCAAGUGGGCAAAAACGUGGUCAGCGGCAAGCCACAAACUGCCGACCUUCCGCCGGAACGGUGGUUUCUACUAUAGCCCAGCGACUGCCAGAGUCAUGCUGCCCACAGACAAGUUGGCCGCACUCGGCUGGCCGACCAAUUUGCAGGCCGCACGGGGUAUGGGGACCAAGAAGUUUCCUGCCAUGGAUCGCCGAAGAGGCGAUCUAGUGGCAGGCAACGCGAUGCAUCUGGGGAACUCAACAAUUCUCCUACUCUUGGGCCUUGUUUGCUUUGGACAUCAAGAUGAUGCCCUGCAGUUCGAUGACUUGUAA